AUGACAGUAAUCAGCAGAGCAAAUUGCAUUUUGCAGGAUGUCGAUGAGUGUCUAAGGUGGCAUCUGAAGUACAAUAAGAAUAAGGUACAGGUACAGUAUGGUUGGGGACACCUUGAGACGGAGGGUGCGACAUUCGGUUUGAGAAGUGGGUUAGGGUUACAGGGUAGGAGCGGGGAGCGGGUUAAGCGAGCUCAGGAGCUGAGCUUUCUACCAUCACUCGCCAUCACCCGUCCUCACCUACCAUCACCCGUCCUCACCUACCAUCACCCGUCCUCACCUACCAUCACCCGUCCUCACCUACCAUCACCGGUCAUCACCCGUUGGCAAUCUGAUACUACCGCAGUAUUCUACUCCGUAAUUAUGCCAGCUUUAUCAAAAAGGGCGAGACAGCUGAGGGCAGCGCGCUGCAGCAAAAAAGUCAAGUUGAGCUCAGAGGACCUUAUUCACGUACCCCAGGACUUACUGGAACGGUUGGAUGAUGAAAGUGAGGAAGGGUUUUGGACCGUUGCGCAAGACCCUUAUGCUGCAGAAGUCCAUUGGGAAGAUUAUGCGGAUACUUCAGAUUGGGAAAGUGAAGAGGAUUGCGAGUUUACAGAAGGAGAGGAGGAAGGAGAUUUUGAUAAUGAUGUGUUCACAAAAAUGAUGAGGCAGCGGAACUCUGAAGUUUUUGAUAGGGCGCAUAUCAGAUAUCAGCGGGUAUCUAAAGCUACAAAGCGUACUCAGCAAAGACAUGCGAAGAAGCGGAAAGAGUUGGAAAAGGCAGCGAACGGGUACAGAAGGCUUACUUCUCAAGGACUACUGUCAGGCACGAUCAACAAUAUACAGUCCAGUUUAGCUUCAGGUUCUGUGUUGCAUGAUGAGUUUGCUAAUCGCUCUGUUCUUUUUGUCAGAGAGUAUCACGAUGCAAUCGAUGAUUUGGAGAAGAUACUUGGCUCAAAAACCUUGACCGGACAGAAUCUUAUUCGGAAUAAGGCGCGCGCUGUUACAAUAGAGGAGUUUACUUUGCGCGGAAACUAG